AUGGCGAUCCCGAUCACAAUCAUUACAGGCUUCCUAGGCUCAGGAAAAACCACAAUCCUGCUCAACCUAAUCCCCCAACUCCCCAGCACCUACCGACUAGCACUCCUCAAGAACGAAUUCGGCGAUGUAGCCGUCGACAGCCAACUAGCCUCCACAAGCAGCAUCAGCGGCGUGAAAGAAAUGCUCAACGGCUGCAUAUGCUGCAACAUGGUCGGCUCACUAGGCGACGCGCUAACGCAGCUCCGCAACGAAGUGAAACCAGACCGAAUCGUCAUCGAGACCAGCGGCAGUGCGUUCCCGGCCACGCUGGCGAUGGAGGUGAACCGGCUGGCGCGCGAGGAGGGCGGCCAUUUCGCGCUGGAUGGCGUCGUGAGCGUUAUCGAUGUGGAGAACUGGGAGGGGUACGAGGAUACGUCGUUUACGGCGAAGUUGCAGGCCAAGUAUACUGAUUUGAUUAUUUUCAAUAAGUGGGAGAAUGUACCCGAGGGUCGUUUUGAUGUUUGUCUUGAUCGUGUUGGGGAUUUGGAGGUCCAGACGCCUUGGGUUAAGUCUGUUAAGGGGAGGGUUGAUCAGGAUGUUUUGUUGGGGAUUGAUGGGGCUUUGUUUAGGGGGUUGACUGAGGCUGCGGAUGGGGAUCAUGGGCAUGACCAUGACCAUGAACAUGAACAUAAGCAUGAUCAUCAGUCUGAGGUCGAGGUGCUUUCUGUUUGUUUGAAGGCUGCUUCUGAGGGGGGCACUGUUGAUGUGACUGCUUUGGAGCAGUUCCUUUCUUCUGCGCCGAGGGAUGAGAUUUAUCGCAUUAAGGGUAUUCUGCGGUGUUCGAAGCAGGAUUUGCCGGCUGAGACUUCGGAUGAUCUUGCGUCUAAGCCGAAGGUUGGGGAGGUUGGUGUGCAAUACUACAUUCUCAACUGGGCGUUUGGUCGAUGGACUUGCACGCCUUCAUCUAUUGUUGCGGAGGGCGCUGAUGAGACUGUUGUCGGCCGCAUUACUUUGAUCUUGGCUCGAUAUGAGUCUGCCAAGUGGAAGAAGAAGCUGGAUGCUGGCGGCCUGGUCCAGGCUAAUGAAGGAGAUGGUGUGGAGCUGACUGUGGAGCGUUUGGCUUAG